AUGCGUUCUGCGCAACGCCCCAGCGAAAAGAGUUGUACUAUCCCUGGACCAGAGCCUUGGCCUCUUCUCGGCAAUAUACCAGGGAUCGACGCAAAAUCCCCGUGGCUAAGUUACAUGAACUGGAGCAAGACUUAUGGCGGAAUAUUUCUUACUACCGCGCUCGGGUUUAACACCGUCAUUAUUAGCGAUGAGAAGAUAGCACAUGAGCUACUCGAUAUUCGUUCUAGCAAAUAUUCGGCGAGGUUUUUUGAUCCGACUGGUACAUUCGACGCCUAUGGGUUUGAAAGCCUCACUGCUCUUAUGGGCCACAGCAACGAAUGGCGUACCCACCGUCGGAUAUUCCAUCAGCAUUUCCGUGCAGACGCAGCCCGGGAAUACCGAGAUAUGCAGCUGCACAAAGUUGCAGAACUCGUACGCAAUAUCCUAGCAUCGCCUCAGGAUUACCGCGAACAUCUAGAAGCAUUCGCAUCGUCAACUAUUGUAGCAGCUGUCUAUGGGUAUCAAGCUCGCCCUGUAAAAGACCCGCUCGUCCAGAAGAUGACGCACAGACUCGAAGGCAUCCUCAAAACGAUCGGAGUGGAGAAGAUCGUUGCAGUUAACUUUAUGCCUUUCCUUCAAUAUGUUCCGUCUUGGCUCCCUGGUGGAAGCGUCAAUGCCGCGGUCUGUCGAGAAAGCAUCGAGACGCUGAGCCAAGAGCCCUUCGCCAGUCUAAAUGAAACCAUUCCCGAGUCGUCAGUACCAAGCGUCGGGUACUCCGGAAUAACUCGUCAGGCACAGCUUCCCGAUGGCUCCGAAAACGAGGAUCAGCACCUAGUCAAAGAUGUAUGCAGUUCCGCAUUUGCAGCUGGGGUCGAGACGACUGCGUCAACCCUAUACACGUUUGUGCUUGCGAUGGUACUCCAUCCAGAGGCACAAGCGCGCGCCUAUGCAGAUAUAGUCAGAGCAUGCGGCGCCGAUCGCAUUCCCACGUUUGAGGAUCGAGAAGAUCUUCCGUAUAUCGAUGCCAUUCUACGGGAAACAGAGCGCUGGUACCCAGUCCUACCCUUAGGUCUCCCUCACUCUGUCAGCGAGGAUGACACCUACGGUGACUACUUUAUACCCAAAGGUACAACUUUCAUGGUAAACAUUUGGGCAUUAUGUCACGAUGAGGAGCGCUUUCCUCGGCCAGACGAUUUUCUGCCAGAACGGUUCCUUGCCGAAGAUGGCACCCUGGUCAAAGAGACGGUGGAUCUCGUCUUCGGAUUUGGGCGGCGUGUAUGCCCCGGUCGGCAUUUUGCAGAUGCGUCGCUCUGGGUUGCGAUAGCGGCACUUCUUUCCACGUUCCGCUUUGAAAGGGCGAACGGUGCGCAGGGCACAGACAUUCCAUUCGAUACAGAGUGGGCGUCUGGCGCAACUUUGUACGUCAUUUGA